CGUCUAUUUUGCGCGAACUAAUCACUAACUGAGCCACUGCAGCUAUCCAAUGAGCUAUUCAGCUCAGUGGCUGUGAAGGCUGUGAAAGUCAACCUUCUUCUAUUCUAAGAACAUCACUGAGAUGGAAGACCUCAAAAUGACUAUAAAGACAUGAAGGAGCCUACUUCAAUAAUCAUCAUCACAACAAGCCUCAACAUCACUACACUUCAAACUAGCUUCGCAUACCUAUUCAACUCAUUCCAUCCACUUCAAUUCCAACCACAUUCAUCACUCAAUAUGCAGUUCUUCACUUCCGCCAUCGCCAUUGCCAUCAUUGGCCUCACUUCAGCCGUACCUAUCGAUACCAACAGUGGUUGCCCCAGCACCGGACCUGAGCCUUCCAACAUCAUCCGCCCAGCGGUCACUUCUCAGUACGAAGUCUCCACGGGCGCGGUGCACUACGACGUGACAUCCGGCAAAAUCUUCAAAGACGGCAAGACAACCGAUAUUACCACUCUCCUCACCUUUGAGGUCCCAGCCGAGUCGGCUGGCAAGAUCUGCACCUUCCAUUUCGACCUUGAUAGCAGCGCAACCGUCUCCGGCUCCGCGCAGUUUGAUGUGUUUACAUCCCUGGCUCCGGCCGAGGCCGACAGUUCUUCCUGGCCUUCGGGUAACUUGAGGGACCAGUACGUCGGGCGUAUGGCUGCGACUGUGGGCGGUUCGGCGACUUGGGUUCCGGGCUUCCCGACUUUCGGCCAGAGCUUCCUCUGCCCGGCUGGACAGACUUUUGGCGGCGAGUUGGUGGGUACAGGCGACGCUGAUGUUAUCGAGUGGUUGGCUGGGUCUACCGGCCCUUACAUCAUGUACUAGUCUAGCGGGCGAUGCUUGAGCUUUUGCGAGGGGUUUUGGUGUGCUUUGAACUUAGAAUGAUCUGGCUUUGGUAGUUCUGGCGUUGGCUCCGUUCUCGAGUUUGGUGCAAUUUGUUCAGUAAUGUUUUCAUAAUUAAUUCAC